UGUGACUGACAAAAUGCCCGGUAUGUAGAUUGCACGUGUUGUUUUGGUCGGGCCAUCUACGGCGUUUUUUCCUAUGUUGUUAGCCCUCAAUCUUAAAAGCAGCAGCGCAGGAGCGCGACUUAGCUCAACUAGACUACAAGCGACAAGUAAGCGUACAGUUCUACUAGUGCGGCAGUGGGACUGGAGACCAAUGGCAAUGUUGAAACUAGCAUUGUGAAACAAAAAGUCCUUGUUCGCGGUGGUGACGUUGAAGACUGCGUGUGAAGUAGUUGUUUCCGACGCAUCUUCUCUCUACCUUCUCAGGGUAUCAUAAUAAUAUCACCAGCGGAUAAGUAUCGCCAUUCGUAAGGUAUGGCAAGACCAGCAGGGUAUAGACGUCUGGCCCCGGCGGGUAACCAUGCAUCUUCUUCCUCUACCAGAACUAUCGUCCUUUUCGAAUUGGAGAAUUUGAGGCGAGAUCACCCGCAAGACAUGAGCGAUAGUCAGGAUGAGCGCCUGCUGCAGUCUGCAGCCAGUUGUUUGAAUAGUGCUGAUGAACUACCUGAUACUCACACAUCGCGAUCUGAUUCUGUCAGGGGUGUCCAUGGUGUCGCUGCUGCUGGAGGUAUUGUCGCUAUUCGUACCCCGCCGCCGCCGCAGCUUCCCAGCAGAAGAGAGGCACGGCACGAUGAGGACUAUGAGUGUGAGCAGGUGGAGGCGAAAGGUCGCUGGCGGUUUGCUACUGUGUGUAUUUCCAUUCUAUUCGCUGGAAUCAUGCAAAUCGCCGUCACAACUCUGAACGUCAAUGCUAGGGACUGGAGCAUGUACAGGGAAAUGCCCGGGCUGCUAUCUGCACUGUAUCCUAUUGUAGCUCUGACCCAGAUAAUCAGCAUGCUCAGUGCUCUACGCUACUUGGCAUCGGAUGAGAACAUGUCGGUGCAGAAAUGCCUUUCAUGGACAAAGUUACUCACACCUUUGGUCCAAGCACUAUUGGGUGGGAUUCUCUUCUCUGGUGUAGCAACGCUACACUACUAUCACCAUGCGAGAAGCUCAAUCCAUAUCACCGAAUUCCUGGAGUUGACUGCAGCAUGCACCAUCACUUCAUGUGCGGUGACAUCAAAUCUCGAUACUGCAUUAUACGGAGUCGUGCUGCUCUGGAAGAGGUUACCUCCUACCUUUCCUGGAAUGGAGUUCUUCAUCCUACCCGUUGUGUCGUCAAUCGCUACGCUUGCUACGUGUCAGUUACUUCCAGCAGUGGGACUUCUUCUUCAUGAUCACCUCCACGAAGGUGUGACAUCAUGUGUAGUGGUAGCAAUGUUACUGCUUCUACCCAUCUUUUCCUGGAUGCUGUAUCGAAGAGUGCAGCCUGCUGAAAGGCAAGGAUGGCUUGGAUCUGUUCUACCCCUCCUGGCAUGGUGCUGUCUUGGGAUUGCCAUCGAUUCAAAUCUUUGGAUGUACACUGGAGAGUUGACCAGGUUGAUGACUGUUAUCAAUGGUGUUGUCAUGAAUCUGUUGAUGAUUCAUUAUCACGUAGCACUGCAACAUCGACACACAAUGGAGCAUUUCCAGUGUCCCAGCGACACAGCUGCGUGCCACAGAAGAGCAUUGACGUGCAUCUACUGCUGUUGCAGGCAGUAUGCUGGAAGAGGUGUAGAAGUGACUGUAGCCUGGAUUGGCCUGGCGAUGUUCCCAGUCUUCUUGUUUGUACUGCUACUGGCAUUGAGAGGCGUAGCAGGCAGCACUAUCACUCCAUUCAGCUUCAACUACAUCAGCACAAUAGUAUCCCAUGGCUGUCUGCUCUACAUUGGCCAGCGGAUCAAUGCAAGGCUAUUGAAGCAGUCACAGCCGUUCAACAACGUCAGUCUCUCUCCUGCCUGGUCACUGCCACUGGCCUGGCUUCUCUACGAACGCCUGGCCAUACUAAUGAACUUUGUAAUUAUAGGUUUGGUGGAUAAUGUCCUGAACAGUGGAUCAGCAUGGGCAAUGGCCUAUCUCCUGGAGUGAUUACAGCCAAUGGCGUUAGCACUGCUACAGACAGAGAUAUAAGUACUAUUUUGAUUUACUUUGAGUAUGUUCGUAUCAGAGAAAUGGUGGUAAGACACAUCAGUGAUGAAAUGGCAGUACAUUCAUGUCUGCCCACAUGAUGCUCUCUAAGCUGACACGGUCUCCGGGAGAAGAGCUCUCCUCAGUCUCUCGCCCGAUCAUCACCAUCGCCAUUGCCAUUAUCACCAGUAUGCCUUCUAGCAAAACAAUUGUUGUGGCUGACCUUGCCAUCAUGUUCAAGUAAUUCUAACUGUAUACCUAACAGUCCCGAGUUUGAAGUCCAAGUGUUCUAGCUGAGCUUGUCAGUUGACUCUUGGCCAUUUUCAUACCAAGCUGCUUCUCAGAGUCCGGCCAGGCUCUACCAUUAUUCUGUUGAGGCGAUGAAACUGAAAUUUAAUGAUUACACUAGAUGUGGCUGCACCCUGUUGCUGUGGCUGUGCAUGUGGCAGCAAUCCACUUUCUAUUAGUAUUAGGAACUAGCGACACAAGACUUAGUAUCGAAAUACAUAGCAACUAGGCAAGUAGCAACUAAGCAACUAGCAACUAGGCAACUAGCAACUAAGCACAGACUGUGUUUCGGAUUUUGAAUGGAGGUUUUUCUCAUUUGCAGAGUGAUUUCAAUCAUUUUAUUUUCUAUUUUUUCAUUGGUUUGACACAAAUUCUACUGAGCUUAAUUGGCAAAUACUUCAUGACUCAUUUAAAAAGACAGUAUUCUGUUGACUUGGCUGUUGA